AUGCUGACGGCCCCGCAGCAACCGAAGCAUCGCCACCGACGGGAAAAUGGCGCCGUCGGGGACGAGGGGGCGGAGGAAAAUUUCAUCGCCCUCGCGCCAGAUGAGGCCGAUAUUUAUAACUUUCCAAACAUGAUGAGCAUGACCAUGGCGAACGGCCCCGGCGCCGGCGACGACGGUGGCGGCGGCGCUAGAGGCGAUCGCAAUGUAAAUGAAGCGAAUCCAUUUAAUGAAUUUCGCCAUCCGCCGGCCGGGCGACCGCCAGCCGCGGACGUGGACGACCAGCUGGCGCGGCCAACGGGCGAGAAGGAGUUGCCGGAACUGACGCUCGAUGACGACGACGCCGACCACGGAGGAAACGAUGGGUUCGGCGAGGCGGAUACUGGCGCCAGGGCUGGUGGUGGUGGUGAUGGUGGUGCGCUCCGGCGAAGCUUCGUCGACGCCGCAGACGCCACCGACGACGAGGACGGCGGCAAUGGGGGCGAGGUCGAGGAAGAAUCCGAAGAUGAUAACGCCAUCGACGGGAGUCGCUUUUUGCGGCCGAUACCGAGCGACCGAGGUGGCGACGGCAAGGAAGAGCCGGGCGCGUCGGUGUCGCGGACCGAGUCGGAUGCGGCGCUGCUGAGCAAAAGCAUCGACUUCCUGAACUCCAUCGACGGGGCGUACUUGCUGGCGAACGCGGUCGGGUCGGAAAAUCGAGCGAAACCCGGCGACGGUCGCUCCACCGGACACCGGACGCGGAGCCAGGAGGAUGACAAUAAGAUUUCCACACACAAACCGACGCCGACACCCGACACCGGCGAGAAUGACGUGUUCGAGCAGAUGGAAAAGAAGGCCAAGUCGUACCGGCUGAAGCUGUACAAGAAGCACAAGAACUUCAAGCACACGCACCAUCACCGGGGCGGACUGUACCACCAGCCGUACCACACGUUCCACCACGAUUACUACCGGCGCAAGAUGCUGGAGCGGGAGCGGGAGCGCUGGAAGAAGAUGCAGGACCUGAAGCCGGACUACCAGGGCCAGAUCAACUACUACGAGAACUCGAACAAGCUCGAGACGAACGAGGACAUUAUGGCGCACCUGAACGGCCGCAGCAGCAGCAGCAGCAGCCAGGAGAAGUGGCCCAACUUCGACAAGGUCAUGAGCUCGCUGAAGACGGAAGCCAAACCGGACAACGUGCCGCCGUACAUCAAGAAGUACAACCGCCGCAACAAGCAGCUGAUCGACCUGCUCGAGGGCACCAUCGCGCCACUGUCCGACUACAGUGCGCACAAGCACCGAGAGCGCAAGUACCAUCGCAGGAAAAAUCCGCACUGGAUGGAGGAGGACCUGUUCGAGGAGCAGCGGCCGAGCCAGCCGAAGACCCAGGGCAUGCAGCGCGACUACAUCCAGGAAGCGAUCCAGUCGUCCACGAUCCACUCGAACGCGCUGCCCGGCGAGGGCAUCCACAUCAUCUACGACAAGAAGCACGCACUGGACGGGCACGAUGACCUCGACGACGGCCUCGGAGCGUCCCACGUGAUGUACGGGCGGCCUACGAUGUCCAGCGGCCACGGUGGAGACGGCGGACAUCCCAACUACAAGCUGUCGUCGCGGGCCGGCCAGUUCGUCUACCACCGGGUCGCGUCACCGCAGUCACCGAUGGGCGGCGGCGGGUACGGGCGCCUCAAGCGCCAGCGUCUCCCGUUCGUGGCCAUCACCGACCGGCGUCUCAGCGCACCGCCCAAACGGCGCCCCAGCGGCCCCAACGGGCAACCGAGCAUCAGCAACAGCAACAACGGCGGCAACCACAUCAGCAGCAACAACCUACUGAAUCACCAGCCGAUGCCUUAA